AGUCGCUAAGCACGUGAUGGUUGCUCAUCAAUGUCGGUGACUCACCUGUCUCUGACUGCCUAUCAUCAAGAUUCAAAUGAACCUGAAAACCAACUCCGCGUCGACGUCCAACGACCUUGCUUCCACCUCAAGAAAUUUUGCGUCCUACAUACUAUCAGACGAUGAUUGCUUACCACCUCCGAACUCUCGAGACGCGACUUCGCACCUUGAACGAAACAGAGAGAUCCAGGAAGAUGUUUAUUACGGAAAGCUUGCGUUCAAUCACAAUAUCAGUGCGCACUAUCACAAGUACGCCUAUACCAGACCAUUGGAGAUCACCCUCACUAUAACUCUAGUUUAGGUUGUGCUCAGAAGCUUGUAGUCAUCGACUGCGAAUGAAACACGGUAUUGCAGACAUGGCAUUACUCCAAGAGGUCCUUCAGUUCGUUGAUGGUCGUAUAAACGAGAUGCACGCUAUAUUCUUGCCUCCGGUUCCUUUGACACCACGAAAGAUGCCAACGCGAUUAUCUAGGGAAGAGAUUCCUCGAGAUCCUAAUGAUGCGAACACCCGUUCGUCAUUACGCAGCAAGACGAAUAUCAGAGGAGAUACAGAGUCCAGGACCGUAGGGAACCCUACUUCAAACACGCCUAAACGCAGCUUAUAUCGAACAGACGCGUCUCCGGUUCGUUCGACACCUGCUACGCCUUUUGACCUGCUGCUGGAGCAUAAAGAUAUGGCAGUCCCAGAUUCCCCACAAACGCCUACGAGAAAACCUGGUCUUACAAGAAUUCGGUCAGAAGGCACUCAAAAGGUGGUCGCAAAUACAUCAAAUAUUCUCAAAUCUGGAAAAAUCAUAUCUACCACUGUUAUCAUCAUAUCUGACGAUGAAGACGAGAGUGUUCCUGCUAUGGAUCCCGUGAAUGAAAUGCCCAAUCUGUUCAAAGAGUUGAACCGUUUCCGACGAAAGCUUUCUACAUCGCUUGGUCGACUUCCUGAAGAAAUAAUUCCCCUUCAAACACUCAAGCAACUUAGCAUACAACCGCCAUCUGACUACAAGAUGUACCAGAGGAUUCUUGCUGAUACUUCUGGCAUACCACACAAUAAUAUUGAGGAACGUGAAGCAUACGUGGCGGAGAAAUGGAAGGAAUCCGGGAGCAAGUUUUUUGCGCUUUGCACGCAAUUUCGGAGGAGACAAGAAGAUUAAAUUCCAUAAAUAAUUGUAGAGCACAUUGAUUUCUGGUACAGCUGUAACUUUGAA